UUUUAGAAUUUCUGAUCAUAAUGAAUAUCAUCCUAUGAUAUGGUUUCUCAUCGAAAUGGCUCUUCUAAAAGCAUUUGAAAAACAAUCAGAAAAGAAGCCAUGUCCCAUAUGUGGACAUCUCGUUACACGGGGAUUGUAUCGAUCACAUUUAAAUCACUGCAAGUUACAACCUGACGAUGAUGAUUGCCAAAUCAUUGCUGAAAUCUGUGCUAAGGAUAGGAAACGAGAAGCAACUGAGAGUUUUAUUAGUUCAAACAGCAGUGAUGAUUUGUUCAACGAUCUAGACUAUGAGAAGGUAGCACAAGAAUUAGAUUCGAAAAGCAAGGAUACAGAGAGUCUCAGUCCGAAUAUUGUCAACGAUGACGAUGCUUUAACUAAUGCGAACGAACAGAAGCAAAUGGGUGAAAUUGCUGUGAAGGAGAAAAUAAGAGGCGAAAUGCCAAGCAAAACAUCUUGCAGUUUUGCAAGGAAGCGAACGAAAAAGAUUAAGGUUAUUAUUGAUGAAAUCAAGGUUAUUAUUGAUGAAUGA